CAAGUUUCUCGGGGCCAGUUCUGCACAAUUGCCAGGACCAAGAGCUCCGUGUGCUCUGAACUGGAGAAAGAAAAAUAAAAAAGCCAGCUCCAAACAAAGAGCAGCCGGUCCCCGCCCGCCCCGGGCCUGUGGGCGCGUCCCAGCUGGCCAGUCUGCGAGAGGGGCGCCCGGCAGGCUGCAAGAGAGGCAGGGAGCGCGCGGGGUUGGGCAGACCGCUGUGCCCAGGGCAGCAGCAGUCACCGCUCCAGGAUCCCGAUCCUUCCCUACAUCCAGUCCAGCGGUUGUGGCCCGGCCCAGCUGCCAUGGCACACUGCAAGACAGAGCAGGAGGACUGGCUGUUGGCCCACCUGAAGUACCUGCUCUUCAUCUUCAACUUCUUCUUCUGGGUUGGUGGGGCAGCUGUCACGGCUGUGGGUAUCUGGACACUGGUGGAGAAGAGUGGUUACCUCAGCAUCUUGGCCUCGAGCACAUUUGCUGCCUCUGCCUACAUCCUCAUCUUUGCUGGUGCUCUCGUCAUGACAACCGGCUUCCUGGGCUUCGGGGCCAUCCUCCGGGAGCAGAAGAGCUGUCUCUCCGUGUAUUUCUGCCUGUUGCUGGCCAUCUUCCUCGUGGAGCUGGUGGCAGGGGUCCUGGCACAUGUGUACUACCAGAGGCUGAGUGAGGAGCUGAAGCAGCACCUGAACAGCACCCUGACUGAACGCUACGGGCAGCCAAGGGCCGCAGAGAUCACAGCCUCGGUGGACCGGCUGCAGCAGGAUUUCAGAUGCUGUGGCAGCAACAGCUCAGCCGACUGGCAGCACAGUACAUACAUCUUGUCCCAGGAAGCCCAGGGGCGCCGGGUUCCCGACAGCUGCUGCAAAACUGUGGUGGCGCACUGCGGCCAGAGGGCCCACCCCUCCAACAUCUACAAGGUGGAGGGAGGCUGCAUGGCGAAGCUGGAGCAGUUCCUGGCUGACCACCUGCUGCUCAUGGGCGCAGUGGGCAUUGGGGUGGCCUGUCUUCAGAUCUGCGGGAUGGUUCUCACCUGCUGCUUACACCGAAGGCUCCAGCAACACUUUUACUAAAGGAUGCCCCAGUAGCCUGCUGACUGCCCCACACGAGGGCCCACAUCCCCACAUCCUGAACCAGGCCUGCAAAGUCAGCAGUUGGGUCAUGGACUCCCUGGACCCUAUGCAGAGCCCACCAGCUGCCUGUGGUUGUGGCUCCUGGGAUUCCCGCUGGGGCAGGGACCUCGGCUCACUCCUCCAUUUCCAAGCACUCAUUCACUGCCAGAAUCUUUGGCAGGGGAUGGUUCUGGCAAGAGGCUGCCGGAGCCCUUUGCCAGGCACGGAUCCCUAUGGACUCCAGGAGGGCCAGAGCUCAGCUCCCUCUGCACUAUCUCAAUGCCUGAGUCUGGACUAGAAGGAUGGCAGAUGUGUCUUCCCAAGACUCCUGCAGGGCUUGGUGUGUGAUUCUCUCAGAGAAAAGCACCACUUCAGGCAGACUGGGCUAGCUCACCCCUCCCAAAACUUAGCUGGUUUUGGAUCUUCCCACCAGUAACCGGCCAUGCCUUUCCUGUAGGGCCUUGGACAGGGGUCAUCUAAGAUAGGGCAGCUAAAGGCCAGGCUGUUGAGCCACCAGGACAGGGCACUUAAAGAGGCAGGUUGGUUACAGCUGGGUGUGCGGCAUCACGAGCCCCAGCCCCCAGUGGCAUGUCCUCUUCACAGCAUUGACUCCCAGAAUAUCAGGUUUAAGAUGUUAGUGAAUUAAAGCUCUUCUCUAGUGGUCCACACCUCGGGCUGUUAAGUCAAGGCUGCCGAGGAGAGGAAGCUGUGGGGGAAAAGGUACUCUGCCUGCACCCCAUUUCCUGGUGCCUUCAUGACCCCAUUUCUCUUCCACUGUGUUCUCUGCUUCCUUCUCCACUAUUCCGGAGUAACACGGCUCUCUCCUCUUCUCUCUCUAGUCAUUGGACGAAAUAGAGACUAUUCAGGAAGAACUCCCUGCAUGUUAAAGUAGACAGAAAGAAAAUCCUAGAAAAAUCAAAAGUUGGGAGUAGAUAUCAACUACUCCCAUAGGGAGUAUAGCAUAGGGUACAGACCAUUGGGGAUCCCCCCUUCAUUGAUUAUUGCUUGGGCAGUUUUGUACACCAGGACUCCAAACCAGCCUCAGCUCCACAUGGGGCUUGCGCACCUCUCCACAAUGAACAAGUUGGCAUCUCGUUAACCAAAAGCACUUACGACUUGCCUUCUAUCUGACCCAGUUCUUACCACUGUGCACCCAGAUCCUGCCGAGCUGGGUCCAUUGUUGCAGGGAGAUGAGCUCCCAGUUGUACAUGAGGGAACUAAGGGCCACUGGCUGCAGCCCCAACAUAGGUCUAAAAUUCCAUUCUCAGGGCAGGAAGUAGUUGCAUCAACAGAGGGAACAUCAGGCUCUCGUUGGGUCAGCCUCUUCCACUCUGGGAUGCUCCGGGGGGCUACGCAGAGCCCAGGUUGGUUUAUGUCACCUGCCUGAAGGGCCCUAGGUUGCCUGUACAAACUCAGAAGAAGAAAAAAAAAGACACUCCCAAAAAUCCUAGACUACGUUAUGGCCAAGAGAAAAAUCUUAGCUACCCUCCACCUUCCCAGAUUCUUGCAGCUAUUUGAAGACUCACUUUGAUCUCCAAGCUUAUAGACCUAUAAGACUCAUAUAGAGGGGAUUAAACAAAAGGUGUAGGGUCCAAACCACAUUCCUCCUGAAGAGGCACCGAGGGAAGUGGUAAUAUACAAAGGGAUACUGUGGCCUCAGCAUCUGCUUUGGUAGCCCCCCCCCCUUAGUUCUCAGGCAGAUGAGGACAGAGGUGACAAGUGGGGACCAUUGUACAGCCUCGAUGCAGAGGUAGCCCAGGAGAACAUAGCUCAUUGGCCCUGGUCAGAGUGCAGAGUGAGUGGACAGCCCCAAAUGUGACCUCCUUGAUCACAACAGCCUUGGCGACAAGAUGGGGUUAGAGGCCAUAAAGCACACAGUAGGCCAGGUUUAGUGCAGAAUCUGUAGUGAGGUGUGCCCGUCAGAUCGAUGCUCAGGAUAUUUCUUCCUAUUUAUCCUGAGGGACAGGUCCCUAUUCAGAGGUUGUCACUCUGAGUUCCUACCUAUAAAAUGUCCUCCUCAGUCUUGAGUCAGCACAGACAUCGUGGGUCCCACACCAGGCCCUGAACUUGGCACAGCUGAAGCCAUCAUACCCUCACCCUGAGCGUGAGUUGCCUUUGCCUCAGCUCAAAGUGGCUCCCUCAAACACAGUAUGCCCCCAAACUCCCCAGGUGGCCAGUGUUUGGGGAAUGAGGGUGAACCUUAGUCUAUGAUAAGGAGAUAAGGACUCUAUGUGCGUUUUGUCCCUUGCCCUCCCCAGCACUGUACCCCUCACCUCCCAUGGCACUUCUGGCAUGGCUUUGGGGAUGGUCACUGAGGAUCUGCACAUCUCCUUCAAUGUCAUCCACAGUGACACCAAUGGAGUGUGCUAUAGCCCCCAUUCUCCAGAUAAAGAAGCUAAGACUCGGUCAAGUUGAACACCAGUGGUGAUGGCUCUUGUCAGGGCACCAGCCAGGUGGACCCAAAGAAAGUAGAGCUGGGAGCCCCUCCCCCCAGCACCGGCUGUCAGGUUGGCAUUUGAGAACAGUGUCCUAGGGUGGUAUGGCCAAAUAGUGGCAGCCUCAACGCCUCCUCGGUUGGAUGGACCCAUCCAUCGUGUCCCAUGUCAGCAGCUUUUUGCAUUCCCAGCUGAAGUAGACACCUAUCUCGUUUUGCAAUGACAAGGUCCUAUCAGGAAUCUAAGAAGGCCAGAGCUCCUAAGUAUGAUCCAGGCCACACUCAGAGGCAGGAGAGGGGUGAGAGCAGGGACUAUCUUUAGUGCUCAGCCUCCGUGUGGAUGGGAACCACACCACGUGAAGCUCACUGGCCGGAAUGUGAAAUGUCUCUCUGUGUCCCAUAAGGAGGUCAGGAGAGAACCCCAGAUUGUAUCCACUCCUAGAGCCACCCCAGGUGUGGAGAUACCCUGCUUGGUGAUGCUGAGCCUCUCCCUCAGGCAGACCCUCUCUCUCUUCUUGCCCCCUCCCCUAUAUUAAACAUUUGUUAUUUCUGGGCUCUGGAGUGGACACAAGGUGACUUCUGUCUUGAGCCCUCUCACCCCUCUCAGGGUCAUAGAGGUUCAUAUCCGAAAGGCUCUGGCUGUCUGGAGGAUGUGCAGCAGCAGGCCAGUGUGAUGAGCCACUGGGAGCUCAGAAUCCGCCACUCUGAACAGCUUCCAGGGUUUUGAAGUCAAGGGAAUGAAUGGACCAAUUAGAACCCUACCAGCUUUGAAAAUGCCCUCUGCUUAUUGGCUUUUCAGGGCUGGGGCAAAGGGGCAAGAGAAGGGAGGGCAGCCAAAGCUGUUCAGAAGGAACGUAGACAUCUUGUGACUUCCGGGUGGCAGUUGGGCCAUCGGUGACCAGUGUGGCAUGUCUUACACUUGCUCUCCCCUCAGCACCUCCAGGGGAGCCUUCAGAACAACAGAUUACCUCUCCAUAGUUGCUCUAAGGAAGGCCAGAGCCAACAGCUGGCAUGUCUGCUAAGUUCCCAGGUGGUGAUGCCACGGCCUGGCAACCACACCAACCCACAGUGUGGACCACACGAGGACAUGGCUACCUUCAGAUGUCAGAACCCUCAAGGGGCAAAAGUCACUCAGGUCAUCUGACCUGAGUCACACAUGGAGCUGCUUGAGACUGUUCCCACUAGGUCCACAAGGAGGGUGAGAUGACACCAACCACUGAGUGGUUUCCAACCAGCCAAGCACAUGCCUCUCGACAGAGCCUGCUUGGCACUCCUGCCCCUUCCGAGCCCAGAUGCCUGGGCCUUCUUCCUGGAAAGGGGGCCCUUAUACUCCAAGAUCCCAGCUUCUUCUCUGUGCCGUAGGGUGGCCCUGCUGUGCCCCUGUCACUCUGACAUGUCUAGCCGGAAAUCAAGGCUCCCUCAUCCUUCCCCUCCUGCUUACACACCUGUGAAACCUGCUCCUUCCCUAUGCCAGUACUGACGGAAAUUCCAGGGACCCCAUUGUCAGGAGGCCAGAUGGGUUCCUGGAUCUAGCUGGCCCAUGGAUGUGAGACAUCAGAUACCCUACAAAGGCAGAAACUGCCUUACGCUACUGCUUACAGCGAAACUCCAGAUGUGAGAUGCACCUCUCCACUGACCUCAACAUAAGCUCAGUGCCUUGUGCUAACGGACCCGAUA